AAUUGUACAGAUCAAGGAAGAACCUGCAUAAAGGCUGAACAAAAACUCUGCUCCUUAUAAAGUACAAGAUGAAAUUUACGCUGUUGUUUUGGUGUCUCUCUCUGCUGACCAUCACUGUCCAAUCUAUGUCCUUAAUUGCGGAGAGAAAGAGUUCCGUGACUAAAUAUUCUCUGGAGCUGUCAAGUGGUGGAAAAAAGUUUGGCGAACAGAUCGAAAUUGACACCAUAAAGGGAACAGAGACUUUCCACGUACCGAAGACAUCGCCUAAUGAAUCAGCAGGAGAUAUAAUCUACGAUUUUAAAAGGCGAGUGACAAUGGUUCGUUUGCGAGUAGAAAAGGCAUGCUAUAUGGCUAAUUCAAUCGAUGAAACUCUCACGCCUGCCGAUUUAAAGGAAGCUUUGGAAAUGAAAUCUCCCGGGGUACGAUGCGCUGGGUACGAUGUUCAAGAAUAA